CCCCCUUUGCUCCCUUCGUGGUCCGGACGCUCGCUCGGGGGCCGGGGCUGAGACCCCCGCUUCACUGGGACCCCCGCCUUCGCUCAGCUCUCGCUCGGGACCAUGACCUCUGAGGUGGCGCGGCACCUGCUCUAUCAGUCUCACAUGCCAACAAAAACAACUUGUCUGUCCUCACAAGUAUCUGAUGAUGAACAGAAACAAAAAAAAGAAAAUAUUCGUUCUUUAACUAUGUCUGGCCAUGUUGGUUUUGAGAGUUUGCCUGAUCAGCUGGUCAAUAGAUCCAUUCAGCAAGGCUUCUGUUUUAAUAUUCUCUGUGUGGGGGAGACUGGAAUUGGAAAAUCAACGCUGAUUGACACAUUGUUUAACACUAAUUUUGAAGACCAUGGAUCCUCACAUUUUUACCCACAUGUUAGACUUAAAGCCCAGACAUAUGAACUCCAUGAAAGUAAUGUUCGAUUGAAAUUGACCAUUGUGAAUACAGUAGGAUUUGGUGACCAAAUAAACAAAGAAGAGAGCUACCAACCGAUAGUUGACUACAUAGAUGCUCAGUUUGAGGCCUAUCUCCAAGAGGAGCUGAAGAUCAAGCGCUCUCUCUUUAACUACCACGAUUCUCGCAUCCAUGUGUGCCUCUACUUCAUCUCCCCUACAGGUCACUCUCUGAAGACACUGGAUCUCUUAACAAUGAAGAGCCUUGACAGCAAGGUGAACAUUAUACCAGUGAUUGCCAAAGCAGAUGCAAUUUCUAAAGCUGAAUUACAGAAGUUUAAGAUCAAGCUCAUGAGUGAAUUGGUUAGCAACGGUGUUCAGAUAUAUCAGUUUCCAACAGACGAUGAAACUAUUGCUAAAAUCAAUGCUUCAAUGAAUGGACAUUUGCCGUUUGCUGUUGUAGGAAGUAUGGAUGAGGUAAAAGUUGGAAAUAAGAUGGUCAAAGCUCGCCAGUACCCUUGGGGUGUUGUACAAGUGGAAAAUGAAAAUCACUGUGACUUUGUAAAGCUCCGGGAAAUGCUCAUUUGUACAAACAUGGAAGAUCUGCGAGAACAGACCCACACUAGGCAUUAUGAACUUUACAGGCGUUGCAAACUGGAAGAAAUGGGCUUUACAGAUGUGAGCCCAGAGAAUAAGCCACUCAGGUAACAGGGGAUUUCUGUGAGAAGCCAACCAAAGAGGAAGUUAGAGAGGAUUGUACCUUGUUAUAUAUCCAGGAUGUUGGAGAAUGUGGUUUUCAGAAAUCUGGCAAACCAUGAAGUAGAAUCAUUUGCUUAUGAUUAAUUAUUGUGCUUCUCAGAUCACUUGAGGCCUUCUUGCUUUUGAAGGGUCUCUAAUACCUCAUCUGACUCAAAGAGUUUAAGAAAGAACAUAAUGGGGCGCCUGGGUGGCUCAGUUGUUAAGCAUCUGCCUUCGGCUUA